AUGUGCACAUUCUCCCUACUUGCAAAAAUGACAGCAUUGUUCUUGUGUGCUCGCCUUUCCUCUGAUCGAGUGCCACGCGGGUUUUGCAUGAUAUUGGUUGCCGUCACUAUUACGUCACCCCAGAUAAAACCUCAAACUUUGAAACUCACUGAAAUACCACCGAACAAUUUGAAACAUCAGCUAAUUCGGAAUCGUUUGUACGAUACCUUCUGUACAGCACCAAACUGUAUUAUUUGUCCUACAGGUAGACCAGGAGACUGUUUGAGAUCCGGAGUAAUCUACCUGAUUUCUUGCACGAGCUGUGGCGACGAGUAUCUCGGUGAAACGGCACGACUGUAUGUCCGCAUGAAAGAGCACGUGAACGGCAAGAAUAGGUUACGAGAAUGGACAUCUUUAGGUGCCCAGAGAACAUAA